CACUUCCGGCUCCAGUGAAGGUUUCUCCUUGAAUUCGCGACCCGGCUUCCGUGACGUUUCCAAGAUGGCGGACACGGCCAGUCAGCUGCUGUUGGGCUCCGGCCUGACCGUCGUGUCCCACCCGUUAAUGUACGUCAAGAUGCUGAUACAGGUGGGACACGAGCCGAUGCCUCCGACGUUGGGAAGAAACCUUUUUGGACGUCAGGUGUACCAGCUCCCUGGAUUUUUUGCCUAUGCAAAACACAUCAUUCGUGUUGAUGGCAAGUGUGGACUCUUCAAGGGCUUGACUCCCCGACUGUGCGCUGGAGCGGUGGGCACUGUGGUGCAUAGCAAAGUCUUGCAGUGCUACCAGAAUCAGAAUCAGAUGGAGGAAACUGGAUCGAAACAAAAAGAAAACCCGUCCCUUGAUCAUGUUAUCAAAGAGACCACUAAUGAGAUGAUUGCCCGGUCAGCUGCUACCCUCAUCACACACCCCUUCCACGUGAUCACACUACGGUGUAUGGUCCAGUUCAUUGGGAGAGAGACCAAAUAUGAUGGGGUGUUCGGCUCCAUAGUGACGAUAUACAGAGAGGAAGGACUGCUGGGAUUUUUUGCUGGUCUGAUUCCGAGACUACGGGAUGUGCUCUCCCUAUGGAUCUGUAACAUGGUGGCUUUUGUCAUUAACAAAUACGCUCUGGAAAGUGAGGCAAUGGUUGAGAUGAAAAGCUACUCUCAAGCGGUCACUGGGUUCCUGGCCAGCAUGCUGACAUAUCCAUUUGUCCUAGUGUCAAACCUCAUGGCUGUGAAUAACUGCGGGCUCGCUGGUGGCAGCCUUCCCUACGCCCCUGUGUACUCUUCCUGGACAGACUGCUGGAGUCAGCUCAGUAAAGAGGGAAACACAAAUCGGGGAAACAGCCUGUUUUUCCGCAAGGUUCCUGCUGGCAAGAAAUACGUCUAUGAACAGAAGAGAUUUUAUUAACGUGAACUGCAUCAGGGUCUCGGCCUGCAUCUGCCGCUUUUCACUCUUCGGGGGGGAACGGGGAGAGUUUAAUUUGUACACAUUUUGUUUACAAUUAUGUAUGAUUUUCCUUUUUAAUAAACAUUCAUUAUUGACAGCUCAA